AUGGCUUUAAAUGAUAUUACACCAAGAAAAGUCAAUUUAUGGAUUAAAAAUAUGGAAAGCAUAGUACACCUUACUAAAACAUUAAGUGAAAAACUUAAUGAUGAUUUUUUGAAUGGAAAAAUUGAAAAUAUUACAGAAAAAGAAGAAUCCUUAAUUAGGAAGUACCUUUCUUAUCAAGUUUCAUCAGUGCUUAUUCAAGCAAUUAGUGCAAUUAUAUUUAGAAAUCCAAAUAAAAUAUAUGAAAUUUGGAAGCAAUUUACAAAAAAAUCAUGUUUGGUGACCUAUCAGCACAAAUUAAAACUAUCAACAGGAUUACCAAUUGAAACACCAAUAAAAGAAUUUGGUGAUAAGGUCUUAAAAAAAUUAAAGGAAUUAGAAUCAGCUUUAUUAUUUGAUAAAAGAUUUGCAGAGUUAUGGGAUGAAAAUGCCAUGCCACCAAGAAUGUUAAGACCAUAUUAUGUUGUAAAUGAUAUUGAUAAAGAUGAUAUUCCUUACUUAGAGUUUGUUGCCGAAAAUUUGUUUAAUAUAAAAGUUAUAGAACCUGAUACAACAUAUAAUUAUGGAUGCUCUUGUGAAGAUAAUUGCAAAAAUAAUUGUGCAUGUAUUGAUGAUCAUAUGGAAGGAGGAUAUCCUUAUCAAAACAAAAGAUUGAUUCAUUCUGAUGUGGGAAUCUUGUAUGAAUGUAAUUCCAAAUGUAGUUGUAAUUCAAAUUGCAGGAAUAGAAUCAUUCAAAAUAGUCCAAAAUUAAACAGAACUUUACAGAUAUUCAAAACCAAUAAUAAAGGAUGGGGAGUUCAAACACUUGAAAAUAUUAAAAGAGGAGGAUUUGUUACAGAACAUAUGGGAGAAGUGAUUGAUUCAAAAACAGCAUUAACAAGAACAAUUUGCUACAACAAAUUACAUAUAAUGCCAUUUUUUGACCUUGAUUAUGGAAUGGCUUUUAAUUAA